GCACAUUUUUUUCCCUCGUCCUACCUCGUCCUUCUCGUUUUUUUCCAGUAGGUACCUAUCUUUUUGAGAACAAAAAAACAAAAUUUUAUUUAGGAACAAACUUUUUACCAACCAGCCACAAGGGUUUUUUAACAAAUUAAAAAAAAUAAAACCCUUUCGAAAGGAUUAUGAGCACAAUUGAUUUUGAAAUUGAAGAAAUAAAAAAACUGUGCCAAAAUGUCGUCGAAAACUCAAAAAUAAUUACAUGCACGCCAGUGCUGGUCCGAGUCGAUAUCAUACAAACCAAUAGUCGCCAAUUAAGCGUAUGCCUACGAUUUCCCGAAAACUAUCCUCAAUCACCGAUUCUUGUCGAAAUCAAAAGUCGAACACUAUCUGGAAAGUUUCUCGAUGCGUUAGCCAAUCUUGCCGAAAAGAAAGCAAAGGAAAUUCUUGGCAAACCCCAAGUGAUUCAUGUGCUCAAGUUUAUCGAACAUUAUUUAAAAGAGAAUCCACUCUGCGUUGCCUAUGAUGAGAUAUUAAAUCUCAAGAAAUCUCUAGGAAGUAAUGCCAAUGAGUUGUUGAAGUUGAAACAGAAAACUUCGAGUGUACAUUUGGUUGUUAAGGGCGGUCAUUAUUUCUACAAGGUCAAAGCAGACGUUCCAAUCGAUUAUCCAAAACAAUGUGUUGUACUGAGAGAUGCAGAAACAAAUUUGCCAGCGGUUCUAUUAAGGUAUCUUAAUGGCCAGUCGAAAGAGAUAGCUCGGCAAUGUGUUGAACCGCCUUUACGAGUUACGAAAGAUAAAAGUGCUCAGCCAUUUCAGCCGGUUCCAAGUCUGUACAAAUCAUUGCAGUUUUGCAUUGAUGCUACGCUAGACUUUUACGAAGAGAAAUGUCCAAUUUGUGACGAGGCUGUGCUGCCGAAGGAUUCUACUGAUUUGAUAACUGACGAUACUAGCGAUAUGCACUGUGAGCGAGUGUAUUGUGGUCAUUUAUUUCAUCAGGGUUGUCUGAAGAAGUACUUGCAAGAGCCACCAUUUCCGAAAGGUGGAAAGAAUUGUCCGGCGAAGAAGAGACAUCCACGUUCGGAUAGUAGUUAUUCGAACAAUUUGAAGGCUAUGAUGAAUAAUGAAGAAAUGACUUGUGGGAUACGAUUGGCUCAUGAUCGAUGGGUGCUAAAUGUGAAAGUAGCUGAAACGAGAUGGGCUCAGAAGCAGGCCAGAGUUCGAGAACUGGAGGAAGUUGCUGAUUUUUUGCAGUAAAAUUCAAUCAUAUUUUAUUCAUUUUAUAAAAUCGAUGUUUAAAUAAUAAAAUUUUAUUCAUAACUAA